CGACACAUAUUAAUCUCUAGUAAUAGACCUACAGUCCUUCAAACUUCUUCUUAUAGAUUUAUAGUGUAACUAAUAUAUCACAUAUUUAAAUAAACCUACGUUUUACUUUCUCGAUACUAGACUAGUUAGUAAGCAGCUGCAGUAGGUACUUCGAUGGUACGUGGUGUUUGCCACCAUCAGCAGGGAGGAUGGCCAAGCCGCACCGGCUGGAGGGUUGCGCCGGAGGCGAUGGUUAGUAGAUAUGGGUGAAGAGAAGAGAGCUGUAACUAUGAAACCCCUAGAUAGAGUAGAGUUUUGCCAAGCAUGGCCACCGCUACAGCUCUGCUAGUAAUUUACUCAUCCGUGUGGAAACAUGAACAACCCAAAACUCCUUACGACCCUUAUAGCUUGAACUAAAGCACACCUCUAUGGCUCUGAAGAUUACAGUACUCAUGUAUCACGUAAAGCUAGGGCCUCUCCACCUUCGUAUGCGCUUGCAACGACGGCGUUUUGGCAGUAACGCUCGGUUGAACCCACUUGCCGAAGUGCAGGCUUCGAUUCCAGGCCCGCCACGCUCUAUCUUAGCUUGUAUCCUUCCCGUCGCAUCGUAUUCCCUUCCAACGAACCGAGACUGGAGCUCGCUGCUGCUUGGUCUAGGAACCGGCGCUGAUGGACUCAUGGAGCAAUGGGGAGGUGGUGGGCCUGAUCAGGUUUUUCGUUCGGUCAGCGAAGAGGACAACAGCAGGCAUCGGAGCUUGAGGGCGUCAUAAUGGUAUGUCUCUACGUUACAAGUGGG